GACGGUGUCGAGGAUCGUGAUGAUACGAACCUUCUUGAUAGCAAUACAGCAACAACACCUCCUCCAGAAUCCCGUCUCCUUCGCUGGUCGCCAUGGCUAAGCCAUGGGGUGCUGAUGUUCAUAACAUUGGUGUUUUUCGUGCUAUGGGUGCGGGCACCGUCGAUCGAUGAUGUAGUUCUGUACUCUCCAGCAAAUGAGGCGGUUGAAUAUGUCGGCAUUAUAAGAUUCAAUGGAACUCUGGGCACCCCUUCUAUAUAUCGUGGCCCCCCGUCUCCAGAAAUCAACGCCGCUUGGGAUAGGAUAUCUCUUAAUGCGCGUCCAAUUCGUAUGACGCUUGAACAGCUGCUCAGAACAGGGGAGAAACCUUCUCCCUCCAUGGCUGGGUAUCCGGAAGAACAAGGUGGAGGUUACAUGGCGAGUAUAGAAGUCGUUCACCAGCUCCAUUGCGUAGACAUGAUUCGCAGAGCCAGCUGGGGUGAACAAGAUCAUGCCACAAGUCAUGAAUUCCUCCCCGAAGUCUUCCGGCGCAUUCAUCUCGACCAUUGCAUCGAAAUGCUCAGGCAGAACCUUAUGUGUCGUGGCGACGUGACGAUGCUCACCUACGACUGGGCGAAGGGAGUCGAGGGGCCUCUUCCUAACUUCAACACUCCUCACCGAUGCAGAAACUUUGAGAAAAUCUUGAGUUGGGUUGAUGAGCAUAGUCCUAAAGCCAGGGUGGUCCGCUUAGAGGGUAACGUGGACCUGACUUCCCCUCCUUGAUUGCAGUCUCUAUUUCUCCAAAUAACGGCUCUCGCAUAAAUCACGAUAUGACGCGUCUCCCUAGGCUACGAAUAUUGUAAAGUCGAAUGGAAAUUCUAUCUCUGCUGAAUAAAUUAAUAAUAUCAUUUGCAAAAUA